CAUAAACCUAAGCCGCUCUUGCUCACAUCCAACCAUGCAGCAUUCAUUCCAGCACUACAAUGCUUUGACGAGGAACACGUGUCUCCAAUACGGUCUUCAAACAGGAUCCUUUUCACAGCCUGUUGGACAAAUGUGAAACAAGGAUGUAAGAAUUCUGAGACUGCAUGGCACUGGUCGGUUCUGAUCCUGACAGAUUGGCAUCCAAAACAACAGCAAUCCCUUGAGAACAAAUGCGUGUGUGGAAAGUCUUCUGGGAAUGACUUUCAUGACAAGAAGGAACGAAUGUUCCCUUGUGCUCCACUUGCUAUCUCUUAUUAUCGAGGAGGACAUCAACUGAGCAACUUUUCUGCAGUGUUUUACUGGGCUUUACUGAGUAUUGACAUUCAAACGAAGCUUUGCUGAUUGAACGCAAACAUUUCCAAAAACAUAAUUCCAGAAAACGGCGUUCACCAUCUUGAGAACAUCAAAGGACAAUAACGGUGUCUUUAAAGCUUAAGUGCCCAUCUUUGUAAACCAGAUAGCCCCCAUCUAGACUGACAAUGAACACAACAGCAAACACGUCGGACUGCCCGGAGUUGAGCGUCCCCGCCCCGAUCUUCUUCACCAUCGGCGCAGUCGGUCUGAUGGAGAAUCUCUUGGUUGUGGUGGCCGUCAUAUACAACCGGAACCUCCACUCACCCAUGUUCUGUUUCAUGUGCAGCCUGGCGGGCUUCAACACCGUCGCCAGCCUCACUAAAACCUGCGAGAACGUGCUGCUUGUGGUUGCAGAUGAGGGGCAACUGAAGAAGGAGGGCUUCUCUGAGACCAAGCUUGACGAUGUGAUGGACUCGCUCCUCUGUAUGUCCUUUGUGGGUUCCAUUUUCAGCUUCCUGGCCAUUGCCGCUGACCGGUAUAUCUCCAUAUUCCACGCACUCAGAUACCACAACAUCAUGACAAUGCGGCGAACAGCGGGCGUUUUAGGUACUAUCUGGACAACAUGCGGGGUGUCGGCCGUGCUCAUGGUGAGGUUCUUCGAUUCCAAGUUCAUCAUGAUCUGCUUCGUUGCCUUUUUCGUCCUCUCCUUUGCCGUCAUCUGCUUCCUGUACGUGUACAUGUUCAUGCUGGCACGCAUCCACGCCAGGAAGAUCGCCUCUCUGACCUCCUGUGGUGGCGAGAAAGGCCAUAAGAGGUGGCGGGGUGGCGGGGUGAGAGGAGCCCUCACGCUGACCAUCCUGUUUGGAGCAUUUGUGGUGUGUUGGGCGCCUUUUUUCCUCCACCUUGUCAUCAUGGCAGUGUGCCAGACAAACCCGUACUGUGAGUGUUACAGAUCACUCUUCCAGCUUCACGUGUUGCUGAUGACGAGCCACGCCCUUAUCGAUCCUGCUAUCUACGCCUUCCGCAGCACUGAGCUGAGGCACACCUUCCGGAAGAUGCUACUUUGUUCAGAAGGCAUACAGCCUUUAUUUCAACACUAACUCCAACAUGACAUCUCUUAUGCAGGGUGUCCCCAGAGUCUGCACGUACAUAAUGCAUACACUACACAAAAAAUCUCAUUUAAUAAUUCAUUCAUUCAUUAAAA